AAGAUUGUAAAUUAGUGGUGCGUUAGCUCGGCGUGCAGGAGGAUUCAAGCUGUCCGGCUAAUGAACUAAUUACGACCGAAAUACACAGGAAUUAUGGCUGACUCAGAAACUCUGGUGCAAAGUGAAGUGUCACCUGACCAGGUGGAAAUCCAGACAGAAACCCAAGCAAAAAUUGGAAAUGGCAAAGACAGUUCUACCAAUAACAACACAGACCAGAAACAAGAUGUCGUGACCAAUUCUACAAACACCACAGCUCAGGACCAGGAGAACAAGUCAGCAAGACAUAUUGAUGAUUGUCUGACAGCCAAAACCAUGUGGACAUCUGAUCCCUCCACCCCUGUAAUAUUGAGGAUGGGAGACACUCCUCCUUACUCAAACACACCAAUAACAACCAUCUCUGUGUUUGAGAACACUGUAAAAAAGCUGCCAAAUGGCAUUGCUAUUACGGUCAAACGGAAUGGUGAGUGGGUGAAAUGGACCUAUCAGCAGUAUUAUGAUGAAGUCAAAACUGCUGCAAAGGCUUUCAUUAAGCUUGGACUAGAACCAUACCAUGCAGUCAGUAUUCUUGGAUUUAACUCACCGGAAUGGGCCAUCGCAGAUUUAGGGAGUAUAUUUGCAGGUGGUCUUGCUACUGGAGUCUACACAACCAACACACCGGAAGCAUGUCAGUAUAUAUUGUUUGACUCUGGGACUAACAUUGCUGUAGUGGAAAAUGAUACACAACUCCAGAAAAUCCUUUGUAUCUGGGAUCAGCUCCCACACCUCAAGGCCAUUGUACAAUAUAAUGGAGAACUGAAAGAAGCAAAGGAAAAUGUCUACACUUGGAAGGAAUUCAUGGCUAUGGCAGAAGGUGUGCCAGACUCAGCUCUCCAGGAAAGACUUCAAAUGCAGGCUCCCAACAAAGCUUGUACAUUAGUGUAUACGUCAGGAACAACAGGAAACCCUAAGGGUGUUAUGCUGAGUCAUGACAGUAUCACAUGGAUAUGCAAGCAGCAUGGAGACAAUGUUAAUUACAAAUUUGGAGUGGAGGUUGCUGUGAGUUAUCUUCCCUUGAGUCACAUUGCAGCCCAACUGAUGGACAUACACAUUCCAGUGUUAUUUGGAGGCACCAUAUACUUUGCACAACCAGAUGCGCUUAAGGGUACACUCAAGGAUACUUUGAAAGAAGCACGUCCAACUGCCUUUUUUGGUGUCCCUCGUGUUUGGGAAAAGUUCAUGGAGAAAAUGAUUGAAAAAGGGAAAUCAGUCACCGGAGUGAAGAAAAUGAUUGGUACUAAGGCCAAAGAAAUCGGUCUUCGUGGUGUCUACGCCAAAAUGAACAAACAGUGGAUGCCAUUUGGAUGGACUUUGGCAAAUAUCAUGGUUUUCAACAAAGUAAAGGCUGAACUUGGACUGGACAGGUGCUCUAUGACAUACACAGGUGCUGCUCCUAUUUCCCGUGAAACCAUCGAGUACUUCUACAGUCUCAACAUUCCUUUGCUGUCUGUGUUCGGACUUAGUGAGUCAACAGGUCCACAUACAGUAGAUACUACAACAGAUUUCAGAAUAGGAAGUGUUGGUAAGGAAACGCCCGGCUGUCAAACAAAAAUAGCAAAUCCAGAAGAAGAUGGAAAUGGAGAGAUAUGCAUGUGGGGUAGACAUGUUUUCAUGGGCUACAUAAGAAAUGAAGAAAAAACAGCUGAAGCAUUCGAUGAAGCAGGUUGGCUUCAAUCAGGAGACAUUGGUAGAAAGGACGAGGAUGGAUUCUUAUUUGUAACUGGCCGAAUUAAAGAGAUAAUCAUCACAGCUGGAGGAGAGAAUGUGGCUCCCAUACCUAUAGAAAACAAUGUGAAAGAAGCACUCCCAUUUGUAUCUAACUGCAUGUUGAUUGGAGACCAGAAGAAGUUCCUCAGCAUGUUUUUAACCUUUAAGGUUGAAAUGAAUGCUGAAACUGGAGCCCCAACAGAUGUGUUUACUGAAGAAGCCAAGGAGUGGUGUAAAUCUGUUGGCAGUGAGGCAACAAAAAUGGCUGACGUUCUGGACAACAAGGAUGAAAAUGUCAUGAAGGCUAUUCAGGCUGGUAUAGACCAGGCCAACACGAAAACUACCUCAAGGGCCACAAAGAUACAGAAAUGGUCAAUCCUUCCAACCGAUUUCUCCAUCCCUGGGGGAGAACUGGGACCAACACUUAAGACAAUGAGACCCAAGAUUGUGAAGAAAUACAAGGAACAAAUAGAGGCAUUUUAUGUUGAAUCUUAAUGAUAGCAGCUCAGACAUGUAUGUUUUAAUCUAUGAUUGACUGGAAUGAAAAUAUCAUACAGCUUAGGGACUUACUGUUGGUAGUGAUAAAACAUGCACAAAAUUUUAUUCAUGAAACUAUAGGUAUAAACAACGUUACAGAAUCUCUAAGAUCGAGGGUAGGAACACAGCUGAGGUGGUGGUGACCUCUGAUAUUGUUUGAUUUUAUACUCAUUUAUUGUGCAUUUAAUGCGUAAUGAUUUGCCUGUAUUUACUGGAAAAUUUAUGAUUUCUUAAAGAACAGGAUGAAACAGAACACAAUGUCGCAAACUUUUUCUAAGGAACAUUUGUAUACUCUGUUUCUUGUAAGUGAAUAUUCUCUUUGUUGAGAAACUUAUACUAUGCAAAAAUUU